CCUUAUAAGCACACCUCAAUUCAAUAAAGGACUCGUUACUGUAGAUGGCGCGCAGAUAGAUUUAGACAUAUGAACAGAUGAGCAGUGAAUUAUUAGCCCUCGUAUGAAACGUAAAGUUUUGUCAACAUUUUCUCCAGUGUUUUUUUUUUUUUUUUUUUUUAAAUAAAGCAAAUUAAUUUUCAACAUAGCAUUUGCAAACAUACUAGUUUACUUUAAAAAGCAUUAAUUGGGGUCAGUAUUAUAGCUGAACAUUUUGUCACCACAGCACAAAACCAGUGUUGUGUAAUGAUGUGCUGAGUUUCAAACGGGUUGUCUUCCAGUUUACACAAAGUAUAAAAACUUCAGUGAGGGUUUGAGCUGUCACUGAAGAAAACGUAAUCGUAACAGUAACCAAAGAAAUCAGUUUAGACUUGAGAAAAAGAAUUGUUGAUGCUCACAAACUAGGAGUUGUAUAUGUAAAGUUAUCAAGUGUCAAGAACUGGAAUUAGAAGCAUAAUCAAGGAAUUCAAAGAGAGCCACACAGUAUUGAACAAAUGUGACUCUGGAAAGAAAACUAGUGAGAAACGUGUCUAAAGACCCCAGAACAACUUCAAAAACAUGUGAAUGACUUAGCCAAGUUGGAAAUUGUAGUCUUAAAGAAGACAAUCACCAGAGCUGUGUGCAGGAAUGGAUUUCAAGACUACAGACCAAGAAAAACUCAACUUUUGCACAUGAGACACCUUCAAGCCAGACUGAAGUUUGCUAAGAACCUGGAGAACAACUAUCUAUACUGGAAGCAAGUUCUUUGGUCAGAUGAGAAGAAACUAGAGCUCUUUGGCCACAGAGAUGCUGCUUAUAUUUUUAGAAAGACAGGAGAAGCAUACAACACAAAGAAGGCCAUCCCCACAGUGAAAAGCAGUGGUGGGAGUAUUAUGCUGUGGGAAUGCUUCAGUGCAUCUGGAAAUGGAGGAUAUGCCAGUUUCAGAUGCCACAAAUCUGAGUCACUUAGUCUUCCUAUACAACAACAACAACAACCCAAAACAUAUGUCGCUCCUGGUGAGGAACUACCUUCGAAAGACCAAAAUGAGCAUUACUGACUGGCCUGCACAAAGCCCUGACUUGAAUCCUGUUGAAAAUCUGUGGGGUAAACUGAAGACCAUGACAGAAGAUCAUCAAAUCUAGAGGAACUUGAGAGAUUUACCAAAGAAGAAUUGGCCGGGAUCGCUGUUAUCCUCUAAAAAGGAUCGAGAAUUGACUAUAAGCAUCAGUGGUUUUCCAUGAUGUUUGCAGCAAACUACCUUCAAAGUAAAACGAAAAACUUGUUCUUCUUUUCUCUUUGUCAGUUGACAAAUAAAGAGAAUUCAUGUUAUUCUCUUUGAAAGCAUCUUAACUCGAUAUGUGAUGCUUUAGUACAUUAGAGCACAAAUAUACAAAAUAUACGACAAGGAGAUGGACUGAUUAUUACAUUUAUUUGUCAUACUGCAUUAUCAGCAUCUUAGCAGUUUGCUGAUGCACAAUCUUCAGCAUUCACUGUUGGUUCAGUGUAUUUCUCUAGCAUUAAACCCUCUAAAAUAGAUUAGAGUCGCUAUCUCAGGUUCCGGGCUCCAUUAGGACUAAUGGAAGCGUAGCCCGCUGGAGAAAGAGCAGCAGCUUUUCUCUGCAUUGAUUCUGUCCAUCCAGUGCAGACACUACCAGCCUAUAGCUCAUAAUGCACCUGCCCCUCUUUCUCUUAUUCUUGAAUUAGUAAUGAUUCAUGGGGCAGUGUGUGUAAAGAGGACAUUAACAAAACUGUAAAUGGAUUUGCUUAUGUGCAAGCGAAAGUGGCAUGGACUUUCAAAGCAUGUCUAACCUUUUGUUUUGCCACGUUGAAAACAGGAUAACCAUUAUUUCAUUAUUUAAACUGUUCUUAGUAAAGGUCAUACUGGCUAUUUUGUCUCUGAUAAGAUACCUUAUGGGUCCUAACGUCUGUCUUUCAGGUUCCAGUGUUUCCCCUUUCACUGAGCUGCAACAGCAUUUCAUUUUAAAGUUGGUUUAUGCUGCAGAGUGACCCAGAUCAAGCUCAAGUUGGAUAAACUGUCCGCUAAAGUGUUCAUAAGCAUGAACAUGUGUUGUAACUGAUGUGAAUAAGGACCUUGGCUCCAGGUGAGAAAAGAGAACUUCCCUGCAUGGGUCACUGAGCGCACCGUUAGUGUCGGUAUCCAGUGUCGUCGCACGAAGAGUGCAAUGUGUACAGCGCAGGGCUUAAUGAGCGUAAACACAGAGGCCUCCCGUGCGCCUUUGAUCCCGCACAAAUGCACUCUUCGAGAGUUUUCGGUGGGUGAGCCUCAAGGUCAGGUUGCUUGUGGGAGGAAAUAUGAUGCCAGAGGGUGGGGCUGCCCCGUGGAUCAUCGCUCAGUCUCUCAUCUUUGAGUGCCUGUCAUGUUUCUCAUACGCACCCUCGUUCGGCUCAGCGUGGAUUAUCAGGGCUGCUGUUGCAGCUUUUGAAUACCUCAACACAGCCUCUCAGCUGUGAGCAGAGGUAUGAAAAACUCCUGGCUCUCUCUGGCUCCCUCAACCAAAUGAGGGAGGGCCUAUAUUUGCCAAGCACGCCAGUAUUAAAAUCUAAAAUGAUAGCUGAUGGAAGCUGUAAGGCAGAAGCAGGCUGAGUAUCCCCGAGAACGACUUGUGAACUAUUUAAUGACAUGUGAGAAAGAUAGUCUUUGGAAAUGUGAGCUGGCAGAUGCAACACAAUAUCAAGCUACUUGUCAGGACUUCAAGUUGCCUUCUGUUGGGACGCUUCCACCAUGGGAAUGCAAGAAAUGAAAACCAUCUCACUGCACUGAUUCGGUGUCGCCACAGCACCAUCGGGGCAGGGACAUGCCAAUUUCCUUUUUCAUCACAAAUGACUGAUGAGAAACUAGGCUGCGCUUUUCAUUUUUUCCCCUUCAGUCACUUGCAGAAGGAGCCUGGUGACAAGGGGUCAUCUUCUUAAGCAUUUCUCUCCUCAUUGUUUGCUGAGGAUGGCGUAGCUCUCGUGUAGAAACUGUGAAUUUUUUUGAGCCAACGUAGCUUGCUGUUUUUGUGUUUUUGCAUUGGAGACAAAAGCAGGCCAUUAUGCAAUGGCAGAAGUUAAAGCCACCGGAGCCAGAUGAUCCUAUUUGUUGCUGUGAAUGCGAUCUCUACCAGUACGGAUGUUGCUGUGACUGCGAGGAUCUGGAUGAAGCCUUUAACAGGUGGCUGAAAGUACCAUCUAAAAGUACAUUUCAGUCUCCUGUAUUUGGUGCCAUGGCUGAAAAUCUGGAAAUUUCCCUGAUCCCAGCCCUGCUGAUGCUGCCUCUCCUGCUGAAGGUUGCAGCGUUGCACUACCUGCUGGGUAUAACCGUCCUGACAGCUCUGCCUGGCCUGGUGCUGUGGUACUACUAUGCAACGCACCGAAAGAAGAGACGCACCCUCUUCUUCCUCACCCUCGCAUUGUACUCUCUAGCCUACAUGUAUUACCUCUUCAUCACAGAGAUUUUACCGCGUGGGGACGUCAGCCAGCUGCAGAUGUGCACCGUGACCUCUGGGAUGAUCUUCACUAUAGUCUCUCUUAUUCACACCAAGAAAGGCCCGGGAUUUGUGACUGCUGCCCUUCACAACUCUCACAGUCACAGUCAGGAGGAUAAAAAGGAGUCCAAACAAGUAAAUAAUGGAUCUCUCCAAUCAGCAGCCUCUCCCUCAGGGACACCAGCAGAGCUGCAAACCCCAAAGGAGGGCCUCGGAGCAAAGUGGAGCAGGUGUCCUUUGUGCAAAAUAAUGCGACCACCGCGGGCUGGUCAUUGUCGAACCUGUGGCUCAUGUGUCCAGCGUUUGGACCACCAUUGUAUCUGGAUAAACAGCUGUGUAGGACAGGCAAACCAUCGCAGUUUCCUGCUGACCCUCUCUGUGUUUGUGUUGACCUCUCUGUACGGGAUCAGUUUGGUGCUUUGCAGCCUCUGUCCUCAUCAGUAUCUAAUGACAGCGCUCUUCUACUGCCCAGGCGUCUACACUCAGUCUAGCACAGCACUUUGCUUUACCUGUGCGUGGUACAGCAGCAUUGUCGCAGGUGGACUGCUUUACCUCUUGGUGGCACAAGUUCUCAAUAUCAGCUUUAACGUGACGGAGCGAGAGGCUCAGCUGGCUCUGAGGAACAAAACGGGCCAGAGCCGCCUGUGGGGACUCGUUGUUGACACAGGAGAGUAUUCUCGUGGCUUCUAUCAGAACUGGGUUGAGUUCCUCACCAUGACAGAUGCUUCAGCUUCUCCUCAGUCCAGCCUUACUGACUUGGUCUAGUUGUACUUAAUGCACUCGGUGACAUCGUGGUAAUACACUGUUCGUGCUGCAUGCAUGAAGAAUUCGAUUUCAUUUUUUUUUUCAAUACAUUCCAGGACUGCGGUACUAAUAGGAACAUGCUUUUAAUGACUGUUUAAAGAUGCAUCGAUGUGUUUGGGGUUUGGAUUUUUAGCAUCAUUUUCUGUUGAAGCUUUUGACCUGGACACAUGCAAGACAGUCUGUGGAUUUUGUGCCUUUUAUAAAAUUUAAUCGAAGACUGCAGACAUUAUAGCCUGCCUUUUUAUACACGUGCAGAAAGUAAGAAGGAAAUAUGUUGUCUUUAUAAAAAAAAAAUAAUCUCACUGCAUGCAAGUCAAAAAAAUCUAAUAAACUUCAAAAUGAUACAAAAAAACCAUUAAAUGAUUCUGGAGUUCAAAUCAAAGAAGAUAAACCAGAAACAAAACUGCCGGAUUCAAGACUAGAUAGCUGUCCUUUACUAAUUUAAUAUCCAGUAGCAACGUGGUUUGGCCCUAAGAUGGCAUCAGAGGGAAAGCCAAAGAAAAGCAAAUGGUCACUUUUGACCCGUUCUGCAGACAUGCACUCAGUAAAUACUGACACCACUGUACUGGUCAAGUUGGAAAUUUAAAAAGAAACAAAGAUAUAUUAAAACAAUUAAUAAGAAGGCAAGAAAAACGAGUUAUAGAAGGAUCUGCAUCUGUGAGAAGAGGCCUAACUAAUACAGAACAAAGAGGCUAGCUUAGCUCAGUGUAAGAUGUUAAAAUAAUGUCUAAAAUAUGUUGCAUGUGAUGGUUAGAGCAAGAACAAAGUUCGACCCAGUGAUGUGUGUGUUGUGUUAUGCCUCCCACGGGGGGGAUGGCUGUGGGUAUCUUUCCCCUUUUUCUCUCCCAGGAGGUGGAAACCUGGGCGUGGCUGCUGGGUAUCCGGGUGGAGUCUCUGCCUGUCCUGUGUGGAUCCUGUGUGGAUAAUUGAUGGACCACCUCCGGUACUUAAGGACUUAACGACAGCCACCUGAAAGCUCUCCCCGAGCCUCCACCACUCGACCAAGAACCUGUGUGAUGAUCUAUGUUAAUGCAGUGUAGAGUUUUGAGUGUAUAUCUGGUUGGGAUGUCUACUUGGUUGUAAAUAGUAUAUCUGGGUGGGAUGGCUAUUAUGUUGUAAAUAAUUGUAAAUAGAUGAUCAAAUAGUGAUCACGGGUUGGGUCACCUGAUAUAUCACUGUCACUG